AUGAGCUUGUCCUUCCUCCUCCUCUUCCUCAGCCACCUGACCCUCAGCGCCUGGGCUCACGGGGGGAAGCGCCUGGCCCCCAAAGGGCACCUGGGACCGGCUGCGGCGGCGGAGAAGGUCCCGGGAGGCUCCCGCGGCCGCCGGAACAGCAGCAGCAGCAGCAGCAGCAGCAGCGCGCCGCCCUCCUCCGCCUCCUCCCCCGCGACCUCCCCCCCGGGCGGCCCGGGCAGCGGCGCCGAGCAGAGCGGCUUCCAGUGGACGCCCUCCGGCCGCCGCACCGGCAGCCUCUACUGCAGGGUGGGCAUCGGCUUCCAUCUGCAGAUCUACCCGGAUGGCAAAGUCAACGGCUCCCACGAAGCCAAUAUGCUAAGUAUUUUGGAAAUAUUUGCUGUGUCUCAGGGGAUUGUAGGAAUACGAGGAGUUUUCAGCAACAAAUUUUUAGCGAUGUCAAAAAAAGGAAAACUCCAUGCAAGUGCCAAAUUUACAGAUGACUGCAAGUUCAGGGAGCGAUUUCAAGAAAACAGCUAUAACACCUAUGCCUCAGCAAUACACAGAACUGAGAACACGGGACGCGAGUGGUACGUGGCCCUGAACAAGAGAGGGAAAGCGAAACGAGGCUGCAGCCCCAGGGUGAAACCCCAGCACAUCUCUACCCACUUCCUGCCGAGAUUCAAGCAGUCUGAGCAGCCAGAACUCUCUUUCACAGUCACGGUUCCUGAGAAGAAGAAGCCACCUAAUCCCGUCAAGCCAAAGGUCCCGGCCCUUUCUGCACCCCGGAAAAGUCCCAACACCGUGAAAUACAGACUCAAGUUUCGUUUUGGAUAA